GCCCGGUCCCGGCGGGCGCGGCGGGAAGCUCAGCCCCGGCGCCCGGAGGGGGGGCGUGGCGGGCGCGGUCCCGCCCCUGCGCGGCGCUCGGCCCCGGACCGCUCGGCGCCGGCUGCAGCCUGGGCUGGGCGCUCGCCCGCACCCGAGUCCAGCAGCCCGAACCCCGCGCCCCGUCCGGCGCCCCGGCACCCCGCGCCGCGCCCGGAGCACCCCGCAUCCCCGCGCCCGGGCAUGUAGCGGGCGCCGCGCGGAAUAUGGGCGGGAACCACUCCCACAAGCCCGCCGCCUUCGCCGAGGACGAGGAAGUCAACUUUGACCAUUUCCAGAUCCUGCGGGCCAUUGGCAAAGGGAGUUUUGGAAAGGUGUGCAUCGUGCAGAAGCGGGACACGAGGCGGAUGUACGCCAUGAAGUACAUGAACAAGCAGAAGUGCGUGGAGCGGGACGAGGUGCGCAACGUGUUCCGGGAGCUGCAGAUCAUGCAGGGCCUGGAGCACCCCUUCCUGGUCAACCUGUGGUACUCCUUCCAGGACGAGGAGGACAUGUUCAUGGUGGUGGACCUGCUGCUGGGCGGGGACCUGCGCUACCACCUGCAGCAGAACGUGCACUUCCCCGAGGGCGCGGUGAGGCUGUACAUCUGCGAGCUGGCGCUGGCGCUGGAGUACCUGCAGCAGCAGCGCAUCAUCCACAGAGACAUCAAGCCGGACAACAUCCUGCUGGACGAGCACGGGCACGUCCACAUCACGGACUUCAACAUCGCGACGGUGGUGCAGGGGGCGGAGAAGGCCUCCUCCAUGGCCGGCACCAAGCCCUACAUGGCCCCGGAGGUGUUCCAGGUCUACGUGGACGGAGGCCCCGGGUACUCCUACCCCGUCGACUGGUGGUCCCUGGGCGUCACGGCCUACGAGCUGCUGCGGGGCUGGAGGCCGUACGAGAUCCACUCGGCCACGCCCGUCGCUGAGAUCCUCAACAUGUUCCAGGCGGAGCGUGUGCACUACUCCUCCACGUGGUGCAAGGGGAUGGUCGCCCUGCUGAGGAAGCUCCUGACCAAGGACCCCGAGAGCCGCCUGUCCAGCCUUGGCGACCUGCAGAGCACACCCUACCUGGCCGACAUGAACUGGGACGCGGUGUUCGAGAAGGCGCUGACCCCCAGCUUUGUGCCCAAUAAAGGGAGACUGAACUGUGAUCCCACGUUUGAGCUCGAAGAAAUGAUUCUCGAAUCCAAGCCGCUUCACAAAAAGAAGAAGCGGUUGGCAAAGAGCAGGUCCAAAGGCGGCACGAAGGACAGCUGCCCGCUGAACGGACACCUGCAGCAGUGCCUGGAGACCGUGCGGAAGGAAUUCAUCAUAUUCAACAGAGAGAAGCUGAGGAGGCAGCAGGGCCCAGGCAUCCAGCUGCUGGACCCCGAGGGCCGCGCCGGGAGCCAGGCGCCGGGCAAGCUCCAGGACGGGUGCAACAACAAUGUGCCGGGCCCCGCCUGCGCCCACGGCUGCAGCAGCUAAGCUGCCCGGCC